AUGAGAAUUUUUUCACUCAUAUACCAGUGGAACUACAAAUUCUUCAAUAUCGAGUUUGUGGCUUGGUGGCUGAUCAGCAAUUCUUCCAAUCGAAAAGCUGAAUUCCCUGGUGUGCGCCCAUAUGUGGUUGUGCCGACAGCGGUACAAAGCUCUGAAGAAGAUUGUGCUCGUUGGAAGAGCAUGGGCAACUUUGCGGUAUUCCAAGGUAGCCAGAUGCUCGAUGUGCCAUGGGCGCAUCGUCUGAAUUCCAGCGUUCAUGGCUGGAAGACUAAAGAUGGACUCCCAGUCCCAUUUUUUGGGCAUCUGAUUCACCACCACAGAGCCUGGCUUCUAACGACUGGUGAGAGCCUCCGAACAAUCCAAUCUUUCCAGAAAAAAAUUGGAUCUGAGUUCAAGGUUACAGUCGAAAGACCUGACCGAAAACAAGGGCAAAAUGCCACCUUUGUCUACGUUUACCUCACCGUCAACAACUCUGAAAACUGUCGCAAAGUCAACAUUCUGAUGGAUCUUGCAUACAUUCUGAACUUCCUCGGCCACAUCGCUCAUUUCUGGAACACCUACGUGACUUCCGAAUAUCCUCAACCUGCUGAUUCCAAGUUCCCGAUGGGGGAGUCAUCUGAAAACGUUUCUGAAUCUAGUCAAGAAGAGGAAGAUGAGUAUAACCGCCUCGUCGAGGAAGAAGACCGAAAGGUCAAAGAAGCUGGGGAGAAGGCCGAGAAAUUGGCAGCUGAAGCAAAGAACGCCGAGGAGGAGAAGGCAGCUGAAGAAGCCAAGGUGGCUUUGGAGAAAGCUGAACACCCUCUGAUCAAGAAUCCGAUUGAAAAGCCCGAUUGGAUUGAUUUGAGGACUCUCGCAUGGGUGGUCGCAAACUAUUCUGGGCAGUUGCCGCAAGAUGAGCUCGUGAUAAUUCUCCGAAGCGAUUUCUGUCUUGGUCCGAAAUCCUGA